AUGGCGAGCACAAAUUGCUGGAGGUGCCUCGCGAGGCCAUCACAGCGCCUGCUGCUCGCUCCUGCUUCCAUGACCGCCGCCUCCUCCAACCCGACGUCCGCCGCCUUCUCGACCUCUACACAGCUGGCUGCACGAAGCACCUCGGGAGACACGGGCAUGUCGCGCCACAUCCGGACCGGCAAGCGCUUAAUCCUGGGAAAGAAGAAGCGCCAAGGCGACAAACACAAGACCCCGGGGCCGGGCGAGCGCAAGGCCUUCCGGAAGCGUAUCCAGCUCAGCAACGACAACGCCUUGGUGGUGCCCGGACUGGCCGAGCUGACGGCGCAGAACGUCGUGGACCCGGGCGCUGUCGGUCAGGUCGUGGGUAUUCCCGUGGAUGUGGUCGAUCAGCUUCGCACCUGCGAGGCCUUCAAGUCCACGCAGAACUGGGGUCUGUUCCGCUCGCCGCACAUGCUCAUUCGCAAGGAGACCGUCGACAUGGCGCAGCAGCUCACAGAUGCCGUGGCCAAGAAGGAGACGCUGCGGAUGGUCGUCACGGGGGAUAGGGGGUCGGGGAAGAGCAUACUUGGUCUACAGGCUUUGGCGACUGGGUUUUUGAAUAAAUGGGUGGUCAUCAACAUCCCCGAAGCCCAGGAACUGACCACCGCCGCGACCGAAUAUUCCACGGUACACAACUCGGACAUGUUCUCACAACCGGUCUACAUCGUCAAGCUGAUGCAGGCCAUCCACAAGGCCAACGGGCCCAUCCUGUCGCAGUGCAGGGUCGAGCUGGACCACAUGCAGCUGCCCAUCUCGGUGACGCGCAACAUGAGUCUGGCCGCGCUCAUCAACGCCACCAAGGAGCCCGAGUUCGCCUGGCCCGUCUUCCAGGCCUUCUGGAAGGAGCUGCUGCGCCCGGGGCGUCCCCCGAUCAUGUUCGCGCUCGACGGCCUCGCCCACAUCAUGCGCGUCAGCGACUACCGCUCGCCGGCCUUCGAGCUGAUCCACAGCCACGAUCUCGGCCUCGUGCGCAUGUUCGCCGAGGCCCUCGGCGGCAAGACGCCCUUCCCCAACGGCGCCGCCGUCCUCGCCGUCUGCUCGCGCGGCAACGCGCCCAUCCUGCCGUCCAUGGACAAGGCGCUUGAACAAGCUGCGGCCAUCCAGGCCGGCGCCAAGGCCGAGGAAGUCCCGCUGCGCGACGCCUUCUACCGCAAGUACGACGAGCGCGUCUUCGAGGCCCUCCGCGGCGUCCGCGUGCUCGACGUCCGCGGCGUCACGAAGCACGAGGCCCGCUCGCUGAUGGAGUACUGGGCCGCCAGCGGCGUGCUGCGCCUGCGCGUCGACGAGAAGAACGUGAGCGAUCGCUGGACGCUCGCAGGCGGCGGCGUGCUGGCUGAGAUGGAGCGCGUGUCGUUGUAUGAUAUUCGGGCCACUGUGUAG